UUUAAAUUUCACUUUUAUUUUCUUUGGGAAAAUUGUCUGGGUAGGUUUUGAAGGAUUUUCAAAAAAUCCCUGUUUGGGGCUUUUUUUAUCUGAUCUGGGUUGGUAAAGAAAGGGCAAAAUUCAAAAUUCCCAGAAAUUUUCUAUUGGGUUUCUGCGAUUCACAUUCUGGUAAUAGUGCUUUUCAACCCUAGUUCCUUCCUUCAUGAUACCGUGUUUGACCCAUAGUUACAGAGAGGGAAGUAAAGAAGGGAAUAAUAGAGCAGUGAGUAGCAGAGAGGGACAAAAUUUGUGAGGAUGGAGUGUAAUAAAGAUGAGGCAAUCAGGGCUAAAGGAAUUUCUGAGAGGAAGAUGACAGAAAAGGACAUGGCUGGAGCAAGAAAGUUUGCUAUGAAAGCCCAAAACUUGUAUCCUGGGCUGGAUGGUCUUCCUCAGCUGCUUGCAACCAUUGAUGUCUAUGUUGCUUCUGAGAGAAAAGUUAAUGGGGAAGUUGACUGGUAUGGAGUUCUUGGUGUGGAUCCCUCAGCUGAUGAUGACACCAUAAGGAAGCAUUACAGGAAACUGGCUCUAGUUCUCCACCCUGACAAAAACAAGUUGGAAGUGGCAGAUGGGGCAUUUAAAAUUCUGUCUGAAGCCUGGAGUUUGUUGUCUGAUAAAGCCAAGAGAACUGCAUAUGAUUUGAAGCGCAAUCCAAGGGGUGCAAACCUGAAAGUCCCUAGUGGGAGUCGGCCAGCACCAGCAACUGGUAACAAUGGUGGUCAUAGUUUUACCAGUAGUAACAAUACAGCCAGGAAUCGAUCAGCACCACAAACUGGUAACAAUGGUGGUCGUGCCAGCAGUAACAAUACAACUAGGAAUCAAUCAGCAUCUCGGACUAGUAACAAUGGUGCUCAUAAUUUUACCAGUAACAAUACAACCAGGAAUCAAUCAGCACCACCAACUGGUAACAAUGGUGGUCAUAAUUUUACCAGAAGUAACAAUACCAACAGGAAUCGAUCAGCACCAGUCAGUAAUAGUGGUGCACACAAUUUUACCAGCAGUGACAAUACAAUGAUGAAUCAAUCAGCACCAGCUGGUAAUAAUGGUGUCCACAGGGCAAAGGAUGAUAAGCGUACCACUAAUCCCAAGCCUGCACGGCCUCCUCCUAGUUCAUCAAAACCUAAUACAUUUUGGACAUUGUGUUCUCUCUGCAGAAUGCAAUAUGAGUACCUUAGAACUUAUCUGAACCAUACACUUCUUUGCCCCAAUUGCCAUGAGCCUUUUCUUGCCUUUGAGACACCACCCCCACCUGCCUACACUCAUGGCUCAUACACUCCAUGGACUGCCUACCAACAGAAACAGAGUUCAAAUCAGCAGACAGGUCUACAUACAACAAAGGAGAACACAGUUUCCUCUGGAAAGGAUCCUGCUUCUACUCCAAAUGCAGAACCAGCAUGUUCUUCAGGUGUCGCCUCAUUUAACCAUGCAAAUAAUGCAUCAGGAUCAUACUCUAAAUCAGACAGUGUCAGGACUACAGCUUCAGCUUCUUCAUGUGCUCAAUCUACUCAUGGGUUUCAGCCAACAUAUGAGAAAUUGGAGAGAGAACAUAAGGAGGCAAAAACAACAGCCAUGAAAGAGCCGACUCUUCCGAGGAAAACUACUGUUUCUAAGAAAAGUGGUGGGUUAGCUACUGGAGCUUCUAAUAUUGGUUCCAGUUCUGUAUUCAAAGGAGAGAGCCCUGUUAAAAGAAGGCGCAUAAAUGAAUUUAGUCCAAAUGACAGUAGAAGUCAGGGGACAAAUCAAAUGAGAAUGGAAAAUGGAGGAGCUGGGAUCGGGAAUCUACCUGGUUUUCAAAAUUGUAAUUCUGAAAUGGGGAGGAUCAAUGCUUCUAGAAGUACUAGGCUUGAUAUUAGAAGAGAGCCAUCACAGCUCGAAAUCCGAAAUAUGCUUAUGGAGAAGGCAAGGAGAGAACUUGUUAAGAAGCUGAGUGAAUGGAGUUCAGCUGCUGAAUCAAAGGCUUCGGUUCAAGAGGAGCAAGAGAAAGAGAAAGAGAAGCCAAAAGCUGCGGUGAGUGGUAGAAAAAGUAAUGCCAGCAAGCCUAGUGAGUCUGCAGAUACCAUUAACAGAAUCUGGCCCAAGACAUUGUCUGCUACCCUUCCUACUGACGCUGAUGAAAACGAAACUGAACCCAUGACGAUGAGCGUUCCAGAUCCUGAUAUUCAUGAUUUUGACAAAGACCGUACUGAACUUUCAUUUGGUGAAAACCAAGUUUGGGCUGCUUAUGAUGAUGAUGAUGGGAUGCCUCGUUAUUAUGCUAUGAUUCAUAGUGUGAUAUCAUUGAAGCCAUUCAAGUUGCGCAUUAGUUGGCUAAAUGCUAAAAGCAACACUGAACUGGCUCCACUCAACUGGGUUGUUUCUGGUUUUUCCAAGACCAGUGGGGAGUUUCGAAUAGGUAAACAGAUGGACAACGACUCUCUCAAUUCUUUCUCCCACAAAGUAAAGUGGACAAAAGGGGUGAGGGGAAGAAUCCAAAUAUAUCCUAGAAAGGGAGACGUUUGGGCUCUUUAUAGGAACUGGUCACCAGACUGGGAUGAGCUUACCCCAGAUGAAGUUAUUCACAAGUAUGAAAUGGUGGAAGUAAUCAAAGAUUAUAAUGAGGAUCAAGGAGUGGUCGUUGUGCCACUAGUCAAAGUUUCUGGUUUUAAGACGGUGUUUCACCAGCAUUUGGACCCAAACAAAGUCAGGAUGAUUCCUCGAGAAGAGCUGUUUCGUUUCUCUCAUCAGGUCCCAUCAUACUUGCUCACUGGUCAAGAAGCUGAAAAUGCUCCCAAGGGUUGCCUGGAGCUUGACCCAGCAGCUACACCUGUGGAACUCCUUCAGGUAAUAACAGAUUUUAAGGAAGAAGAGACGGCAGUGACUUCUGAAAAAGGAAAUGAAGAAGUGGAGGAAAUAUCAUAUUCAGACCAAACAGUUUUUUGUCAAAAUCUUGAGCAUGCCCUCAAGUCUCUCAGCUGUACCUCCAACUUCGGAUCAGUCUAUCUCUUGCCUGUUUCUGCAAUUUUUGAACAGUCUCUUGAAUGUGCGACUUCUGAACACAGUUUUGAAGUUCCGCCAUUGGAGGUGCCUUCCAAUAUGCCUGAGAAGCGAUCGGAUUGUGUUCAUGGUGGCUUCAUGAGUAAGGUAGAGGACGAUCAGAGGCCUGCGCAUGCUUCGCUAUCCCGGCCUCUUCCGUCAAGGUCUGAUACGUUUUGGGCGAUGUGUAGUGGCUGCAAGAUGGAGUAUGAGUACCUCAAAACAUUCCUCAAACACACCCUCAUAUGCGUCCAUUGCCGUCAAGCUUUUGUUGCACUUGAGUCACCGCCCUCCUCUCCUGUAUCCAGAGCCGGGAGAACGAAGAGAAAGCGUGUACAUGAUCAUAAAUCGGAUACAGAGCGAAGAUGGGAGAUGGGUCCUUCUCGAUUUCAAAUGGGUUGUUGUGAUUCCUUUUCUGCAAGGGAGUUAUCGGAGAUUCAGGCUCGAAAUAUUCUUGUGCAGAAGUCUCGGAGAGAAAUAUCGAAGAAGAUGAGAGAAUGGGCCGCAGGCUGCUCGGACUGCACUGAUACAGCUACUGUUUCAAUGGCUUUAGGCCAUGGGAGGAUCGGGAAAAGGUUUUAUGCCAUGAUGAUGAGCGUUACAGAGCUGGAUAUUCAUGAUUUCGACAAGCAUCGGACGGAGAAGUGCUUCCGCGAAAACCAAGUUUGGGCUGCUUACGACAAUGGCGACGGGAUGCCCCGCUGUUACGCUAUCGUUCAUAGCGUGGAAUCAUUGGAACCCUUCAGAAUUCGUAUCAGUUGGCUGAAUACUAAGAGCAGAAGCACUGAAAUGGCGUCAGUCAACUGGGUUUGCUCCGGAUUUAUGAAAACCAGUGGGGAUUUCCAGGUUGGGAAGCUUGUGGAUUACGACUCUCUGAUUUCUUUCUCACACAGGGUCAAGUGGACGAAAGUGGGGGGAGGAGCCAUUCGAAUAUACCCGAGAAAGGGGGAGGUUUGGGCUGUUUACCGGAACUGGUCGCCGGACUGGAACGAGCUCACCCCAGAUGAAGUGAUUCAGAAAUACAAUGUGGUGGAAGUGAUUAUGGGAGAUUAUGAGUGGGAUCAUCGUCAUGGAGGGGUGGCGGUCAUUCCGUUGGUGAAGGUUUCGGGGUUUAAGGCGGUGUUUCAUCGCCACCUGGACCCCAACGCCGUGAGGAUGAUUCCUAGAGAGGAGCUGUUUCGAUUCUCUCAUCAGGUGCCGUCUGUCGUGCUUACUGGCCGAGAAGCUGAAAAUGCUCCCAAGGGUUGCCGGGAGCUGGACCCGGCGGCUACGCCAUUGGAGCUUCUUGAGGUGAUUACAGUUUCAGAGGAGGAAGAGAGCGUAAGGACUGCUGAAUUAGACUAGGAAUAAGGGAUGGAGGAAACAUUGGCCUCUUUGCAAACUCUUGUUAACUUAAAAUACCGAACACUUGUUAGAAGAAUUUUAAUUUUA